AUGAGUAUAAGACGGCAACGGAGGUUCGACCCAUUGUGGAGGUUUGCGGUUGGGUCUCCACCAGCAUCACCACCUGUCUUGCAGAUGCACUCACGUACGCCAGAUCCGGCUCCUCUCGGCAAGCACGAGUCUUCGAGCGUAAAGACCAACGACCAGGUCGUCGAGGUCGUCGCAGUGACGCCGUCGACCGGGUCGUGGCCCACACCGGGUGCCGAGUCCGACGCCCGCGACGCCCACAUCCGCGAGAAGCUCAACAGGUCGCUCACGCCUCGCCACAUCAGCAUGAUCGCCAUCGCAGGUGUCAUCGGCACGGGACUGUACCUCGGCACGGGCCGGUCCCUGGUCAUCGGCGGUCCCGGCGCUCUCAUCAUCAACUACUCCCUCAUCGGGUUCGUCGUCUACCUGACCAUGCUGGCGCUGGGCGAGAUGUCGACUUUCAUGCCCAUUUCGGGCUCUUUUUGCUCGUACGCCAAGAAAUUCGGGUCCGAUUCCUUCGGGUUCACGCUCAUGUGCAAUUACUGGUUCAACGAUGCCACUUCCGUUGCCAGCGAUCUCACUGCGCUCCAACUCGUGCUCGAUUACUGGAACUCCCCGCAAAACCAUUUCCCCUUCUACGCCGCGUCUUUGAUCGUGUGGGGCGUGCUUUUGAUCCUCAACGUCGUCCACGUCCGCGUCUACGGUGAAACCGAGUACUGGCUUGCCCUUCUCAAAAUCAUCGCCAUUGUCAUCUUCUUUAUCGUCUCCAUUGUGGUCAACGCAGGCCAUAACGACCAGCACGAGUACAUCGGUUUCAAAUGGUGGGGUUAUCGCGACGCCCCUUUCGUCAACGGAUUCAAAGGUUUCGCGUCCAUCUUCGUCACGUCGAGUUUCGCUUUUGGCGGUACCGAGUCCAUUACUUUGACCGCAGGCGAAGCUCAAAACCCGAUCCGUAACACCCCAAAGGUCAUUCGCACCGUGUUCUGGCGGAUCCUGAUCUUCUACGUGUUUACGGCGUUUUUCAUCGGCAUGAACGUGCCUUACACUUAUCCACACCUCAGCGAAAAGACCGUCGUAACUUCCCCUUUCACGAUUGUGUUCCAGAUGGUCGGCUCCAAAGCCGCAGGCUCAUUCAUGAACGCCGUGAUCUUGACCAGCGUCAUCAGCGCAGGCAACCACGCGUUGUUCGCGGGUAGUAGAGUCCUGUACAACCUGGGGCUCGAGGGUUACGUGUUUCCAAGCCUCAUUACACGCACGAAUCGUCACCAGGUGCCCUACGUCGCCGUCAUCUUGACCUGGGCCGUCGGUGGUCUCUGUUUCGGGUCUAGUUUCAUCGGCGCCGGCACGCUAUGGACCUGGCUGCAGAACAUCGUUGGUGUGUCUAACCAGAUCGCAUGGCUCUCUAUCGCAGUCAUUUCGAUCCGGUUUCGACAAGGACUCGAAAAACAGGGCAGAACUCAUGAACUGCUUUUCAAAAACUGGACUUAUCCAUACGGACCCUAUUUCCUUGUCGUCUUCGUUUCCUUCAUCAUCCUAGUGCAAGGCUGGUCCGCGUUCGCCCCAUGGAGCACUUCCAGUUUUUUCUCUUACUAUCUCGAACUCUUCGUGUUCGGGUUCUUGUGGAUUUGCUGGUGGGUCUGGAAAAGAGACCCAUUCAUCAAAACAGAAGACAUGGAUUUUACCACAGACAGAUACGUUAUGUCUGAGGACGAAAAACUACUCAACGAGCAUCUAGACUCUUUGAAAGGCUGGCCAAAGGCAAGACUCUGGGUCAGUGAAAACUUAUUCUAA